UCGCAAAUUUGGAGUUUGUAAGAAGUCGUACGGAUAAUAGCAACGGGGCUCGCAGAAUCAAAAGCGAAUUUUUCUUCAAUUCUACAAUUUGCAAGUAAUCUUCUUGGGUUAAGAACUCACCAUAAAGGAAAGAAACGGUAAAAGGCGAAGGAUUGAGGAUUGUCUCGUUGUGUUUCUUACGGUGGGAAAGCAUGGAUUUUUUACUCUUCACUUUCGUUGGUGAAUUUAUGCACUUCAUUCAGUGAAUCAGUCCGCGUGUUGUCGAAGCAAUAGAGAUGGAAGGCUCUCCCUCGAAAUUAACAAAGGCAAAGACAACUCCAGUUAUAAAGUCUGUAAGCACUUUGAAUGAAGAGUUGAUGUCAAGAAGAAGAGGUGAAAUUAUGCCUGUAACGAGUGCGCAGUUAAGGUAGGAAAAAUUUGCAAAGGAAUGCUUUGUUAAUUUGAGCGCAUCAUGAUGAUCUGGAGUGAGUGCCGAAAAGCCAGCGUCUUAGCGUCUAACAAACCUUGCAGUAUUGUAAAAACAAUGCCCAUAAAAUCUAUAGAAUCGACGAUGUUAUUUAUGUCAUGGUAAUUCUAUACAUCGCAGUAAAAGAUUUUACAUGCAUAUUCCUACGUUUUAUAUAUCAGAUAUUUUAAUUUCACAACAAAUUGAGUACGGAGCACACUCUAACAGAAAUUCAAAUUUGUGGAAGAAGAGACCGCAAUGCGGCGAAGUGUGCUUUGCGAUGAACGAGGAAACGACGGUCACUUUACUCUUUACUCCAAAAAAUGCACGGAGAAGGGAGUUUGAAAUUCCCUUCAGCAAACCCGACUCACGGUCGUGUUCCGCAGCUGUGGUUUAUUAAAUCAGUGAGCAGUACGUUUCGUGCUCGUAACAACUGCUUGUAAUCGUAAAAUUAGAAUGCGUCUUACUGAGGUAUCGUGCGAACGUGAUUUUCAGGUCCUAUCCCAUAAUAAUGAUAACUAUAAUAGGCGUCUCUUGAAAAGUUGUCACAUGACAGACAUUAUUAUUUACCGUAUUGCUUGCCUGUUAGGUUGGACUCCUAGUAUCAAACGAAUACUGCUUUCAUUUUCAUUUCUGUUUUACGGUCGUAUUUUUCUCGGGCAGGUCUACUAGCGUUCAACGACAUGUUCGAGCACAACUUGUAACCUUACGAUAUUAGAUCAUCGCCAAAUUUUUCGAGCCGGCAGGAACAACGUGAUAUAAAAGGUUUCUUACGUCAGUGUCAUACGAAUAAAAUAUUAUUCCUGUUUUUUCUUUUGACACGUGAUUCAAGGAGAAUUCUCGAUUGGGUUAUAUCGAUGAAUUAACCCUCGCGUGGGGGCGCUUCGAAUAACUGCCCGAAAUCGUAAAACAACGAAAUCCAAUAGUUCAAAAUAUCCGAAAGAGGCAAACAGAUAGCUAAAAUUGAGGACAGUUUUAGAAUUUAGGUCGACUAUUUCUAUGGUACAAUAUGCAAGUCCGUCAGGCGUGAAAAGGACCCUCUUGAUUCCGCUGAAACGCGGUUCCGAGGUAGAAUAUGUAGCAAGCGGUAAAGUCUUCUGCCAAAUUAAACAAGUUCCUACAACACAGACGACCUUGGAACAGAGGGCAAAGUUUCCGAUGUCGGCUUGACGAGAUAAAGUAACGACGUGAAGUAAUUAAAUCAAAACGAAAAAAUAUAAAUAUAAUUCGACGACGAGUUGAGGAGAAUCGUCGAUCUAUUUUUAUUCUACUGAAAAGAUAUAGCUUUUUUUUUAAAAGCUAAUGUCAUUGGUAAUGGUCGUCUGAAAUCAGUCAUUUCUGAAAGAUAGAUUGUGAAUAAGUCUGUUGAAAUUUGUUCUUGUUAGAAGACUGGCCUUAGCAAUGUGCAAUGUGAGAUUCUUCGGACGAUGUGUACAACUGAUAUUAUCAGGACAAUGGUAGAGAUAUUUAAAACUAAUAAUCACAGUCAAUAAAUUGAAAGGGAUUUAGCUUAAUAGUGCGAAGGCGGUUAUAUUAAUACUUUGCUAAACGCAUAGUUAAUGACGAAGAACAAUGGUAUCUACUAAACAAACAUUUUUUGUUAACAAAAACUUCGCCAUAGCAAAUGGAAUUUUCUUUAUCGCUCCCAACCCUCCCUCCCCUGUUCCGCUCAUAGGCCUCUGCUUUGAAAUAUAACCGUUUUUAGAACUCGAUAUCGGUUAUAUCACUUAGAUUCACUACGAGAUAUUGAUAACCUGCGAGUAGUAAUCGAAAAAAGUAACAUCAGUUUUUACCGCUGCGAUUUGGUACUUUAAACCCAGGUAGCAUCAUGGUUCUGUAUUCUUUUAAGACAUCAACAAUAUUUAGACCUUCCAUUUAGGUCUGACAUGCACGGGUUUCUUACAGUAAUUACACUGCUAGGGAAGGAAUAUCUUGCAACGCACGAACCACACCUGGUUCUAAUUGAUCGUUCUCUCACAGUCCACAGGGAGCGGUUACCAAGGCGAGUUGUAGUGGUGAAUUGUUAAUCAAUGGUCAGUCUCGUUCAUCAACAGCAAGGACGGUUGUGCGCCCUCCACUCAUAGAUGAAAGUCUUAUCGCUGAUGAUAAUGAAGGACUUCCCCUGAUCUCUGCUGUGUAUUCAUUGGCAGCGAAUGGUGAUCAAGAUGGCGGUGAGGCCUCCGCUAUCCAGGGAAUGUCAGUGAGAGGAUCCAAAUUAGACUCUUCAAAGAAGAGCUCGCCGCAGAUUAUUAAGACACAGAGGGUCGUGUCUCCAACGCCGAGUUCUCCCUCUAGAAAUCGUCUCAGCGAUGCAACUGAAGUUAAACAAGUGUCAAAAUUCAAAACAAUUAACGAGUCUACGGAAUUGAACGAAAGAAAAACAAGUCCACGUCCUCUGGAUGAUGGUGAAAGAAUACAUCCUUCUGUAGCCAAUUCUGUUACUAAAACUCACUCAUCGGCAAACGUCAUGCAGCUUGUAAAGCUAGUUGACAGUGUCCAUAAGCAAGUGUCUCCUUCACGUCAGUCGUUGACUUCCGCAUCUGCGAAUGGCCAAUCAGCAUCCGUGUCACCAACUAGUUUAACGAGCUCUUCUCUGGUUAAACCGGUAACGCAGCCAAGACAGAUUGCGAUGAAACCACCACCAACAUCGACUUCUAUAGUGUUGAACCUUAAACCAGGUGAAGCGUUACCCAAGGCAAUCAACGUCCUUGGUCCAGACGGGAAAACUGUUGUCGUGCUAUCGUUAACCGGCGAUGGGGGGAAACCUUUUUCGUCACAAGUAUCGCAAAGUGGCGGAAGGAUUGUAAUUCCAUUACCGGCAAAUGUAUCUCCGAAACAGGGUACAGUUGUGAACAAGGUUGUCGGUGCAUCUAGCGGGAAAGUCCCCAUUGCGCCUCAUCCUGGGAGAGCAACUGUGUUGUCACCCAAAUCGGGAAACUCUUCACCUUUGCCUCCAUCGGCCUCGGACUCUUCACUGUUGCAAAAAACACCCAUUACUCGUACUGAAAAUGGUGCAACGAGGACGUCUCCCUCCAACGACAUUUUAAACUUGUCUGAAACGCGGCCACCUGUCAUAGUUGAAAGUCAAAAUCCAGAGAGUGUAUCUCAAGGGGACAGUAAAGGAUUAUCCGCAACUAAAGAGUCUAACCCGUCAGCGGUGGCUUCGCCCGAGGCAACGCCAACGCCAUCGACUUCGACAGGAGAAAAGCAAGAAGGGCUCAGUCCUCAUGAAGCAAGAAUCCACAGACUUAAAGAACUCAUUAAAGCGCAAGAGGAAGCUGUUAAUAAACUUCGGGAGAAAAGGCGUUUAGAAAUUGAACGAAUCAGGAACGAUUCAACUUCAUCACCUGAAAACGAGAAUGAUACGUUUAAACCUGAAAGACCACCUUUAGUGGAACAGAAAAGUUCGUCGAGUCCUUUCGCUGUGCCACUUCCGCCUAAGAAAAGAAUCAGAGAGCAAGAUACUAGCGUUAAGACCAAACUGCCGAAGUCAACGGAAUCUUCGGGGAUAUCGAAUGAAGGAGCCUUUAUUCCGAACGGCGAUGAUAAAUCUUUCGUUCAAUUAGUUGGGCUGGAAAACGUGGUCAAUAACAUAAAAUAGUAAAAUGUUUUUGACACCGUGAUCGGCCAACCCUGGUUUACUUAUUGACCCGUUCCUGGUGAAAAAUUCAGUUAAAUAACUGGGGAAAAAAGCUAAAAUGACCUCCACAUUGACGCUAUUUGGCGUACUCACACUACUCUCUGCAAUAAGUUUGGCUUUAUUGAAAUUUUUAUAGGGAGCUAAAAACUAAAUGGUUUGUUUAAUCGCCUUGAACUUUUAAUUUGGGCUUUUUAGAGCUCCAAAGUUGCGUUCCACAUUCUCGCAUUAUAAAAGUCAGUUUCCAAAGUUGCAAAAAUCAGUAGCUUUGGUAAUAAAAUGAUUGAAUGGAAAUUUGCUUCAAUCGCAGUUUUUAAGUUAUUACUAAUAUGUAUAUAUAUAUAUAAUUUUUUUCCACUGUGUUCGAUUUGCACUAAAAGUUUUGUCGUGCAGAAUAUUGAACUCAUCGAUUCAAAAUUUCAAUAGCAUUGGGUGUAAUGGCGUAAGAUUAACAGAGUAGAUGCACUCAAAGGGUGUAUUCAAAAUGAAGUCUUUUUAAAUUAGAUAAAUUACUUGUUUCUGAAUGAGUUACGCUUAUCUUACAUUUACAACCAUCAACGAAUAACAGAG